AUGGCCAACGCAUUGCUGGAUGCGUUGCCUCAAAACGACUGCCACUCCAGUGCGAUAUCAAUGAAAACGAAGAUACUCGAGAACUAUCUCGUGAACCAGCACACCGUGACCGUGAUCGAUUCCAGCCCGGAAAUACCACUAAUGUCACCGUACUGUCUGCAGAGUCCGAUACCAACGAACGCGUUCACCCUUCAACGAUUCCAACGUUUCGUCGAGCAGUCGUUCGAGCAGAACACACAGCAGUUCGAGUACCGUACGAACGAAUGCUUCGUGGCGUCAGGACGUUUCGAAGAGCUGUCUGCUGAGCUCAUUCCUUACCUCUCGAAGUAUAACCCACGGGCCAGAGUGCUGCUCGUGACGCAGGAAAUGUCGGACGUCGAGUUGGCUGAGCUUUUUCAUAUCUCCUGGUACCGGUACCGUUUGCUGCAGCUCGUUGUGCUGAACCAACACAGCAACGAUUCCAUCGAGUGUUGCGUAUUCAAUCCAUUUCGAAAGGACAUGUCACCGAAGCUGAACGCCUUGCCGACACUCAAAACGGACCUGCACUGUCACGUGCUAGACAGUCCAGACGAACUGGAAUCGUACAACCGGGAUCUAAAUGAUUUCAUCGAUGAUCGCAUCUACAAUCUGCACGGCUACCCGCUUAACAUUGCGAUGCACGUAAGCAACGGAUCAACGUCAGCCUACGAUUGCAUCCUCGGAGCGGUUAGCUUUACGGACAUCGACGAACAGAUCCUCUCCAUCAUGCAGAGCAUGAUGAACUUUAGCUUGAUUCUGCACAAGAACGAUCUCGACUUAUCGAUCGGUUACAUUCAUCAGAACGGAACACCGAUCGGGACGCUUGGGUUGAUCGAAAACAAUCUUAUCGAUCUGGCGGCAAACUCACGGAUCAUCCAUAACUACGACACGAAGAACCUGCUGUACCUGCAUUACAUCACAACCGAGAAGCUGAUGUUUAUAACGCCCCGCAACUAUUACAAGGAUCGAGACAUAACGCUUGUCUUCAUCAACCCGUUUAGCGUGGCGUACAUGCUGACGAAUGUGCUGCUAUCGUUCGGUGUUCCCAUGAUCAUCUUCCUGCUCGAGUACGUGGCGUAUCGGCUCAAUGUGCCCUGCGAGGCUCAGCAGCAAACGUUCGGUGCGAAGGUGCUCGAUCUCGUCGGUAUUAUCUACAACGUGUCGGUGAAGCUGCCCCGAGCGGCCCGCAAACGCUGGAUCCUUGUCGGGUUGCUGGUGUACAACAUCGUGUCGUACCCAAUCUGGCAGGCGGUCACCAUUCGGUAUCUACAACCGAACAAUCAGCAGGUAAACAACAUCAACAGCCUGGAGCAGCUCAUUGAGACGAAUCUGGCGCUAAAAGUGUCAAACUAUCACGAACACAUCGUGAGCCACGAGGGACCCCACUUUAAUAAUCCGCAUUACCGCGCUUUGGCGAGCCGGAUGUCCACUCAGAACACCUCCUCGUUGCGGGAUUCCAUCGAGCAUAUCAUCAUUCACCGGGAUUCGGCGCUACUCAUCGCGGACGUCUACGUACCACUCGUCCUGGCUGGCAAUUACAAGUGGAUCCCGGGCAAACCGGAUGCCAUCUGGCCGAUCGAGAAACCGAUCUAUGAGUUCUACAAAUCGAUGGCCGUGCCGAAGACCUCUCCGUUUGUGAACACCUUUAAUGCGAUCAUACGACGCAGUGUCGAGGCGGGCAUGAACGAUCGUUUCAUGCAUCAACUUGAAACGGUGGUCCAGCUGAUGAAAAUCCGUCGAACCAAGGAGCAUCCAUCCGAGCGCGAUUACAUCGUGUUCAACAUGGAGCACCUGCGGCCACUGUUCAUAUUUUACUUCGUGAUGCUAGCCCUAGCCUGUGGAGUAUUCUUCAUCGAGCUCGCGGUGAAACGAAUCGAAUAUACAAGAACCCGUCACGUGGUCGACACCGUUGAUGAAUACGUCCCGUUUGAGUUCGUCCUGUGA